UCUUUUUUUUUUUUUUUUCUUUUCUAUUAUCGUUACGGUUAACUAAAAACCGAUAAGAAUUUGGUCUAACAAGACCUCAACAAAUUGAUUAAACUAAAAAUAUACGCUAACUUGGCGUGGACUGACUGGCUCAUAUGUUUAGAGUUUAAACGGUAAACCUUAAUAACCUGUCGGUUUAAACACCCAUAUCCGCCAUGUCAGAUGUUUUAACCGAGUUAUGAGACCCACAAGAUGACGGCCUAACGUGUUAAAGUUAACUUACUUUUUUAAAUCUUCUCUAGUACCAAUGAUUUAAUUAUGUUAAAAUUUUAUACCUUAAACAAACUCUCUUUCAUAUUGCUUUUUUCCAUUAAAAACACAUAUGAAAUCAAAAGAUCCUUUGACAAUCUUCCUUUUGUCCAAUAUCCACAAAAGUUUUUUUGCAUAUGCAAUAAUGAAUGGCUUCAACCUCAUAAAAGCUCUAGAAGUGGCUACAAGUUCACAUCAAUAUUUUUUUUUGAACGACAAAUUUGGACCACUGACGGACCACUGAAGUAUCAUCGUGCCACCAGCGGAACCACCCUUUCAUAUCCAACUCCACUAGGCAUAAUGCCUAUACACCAAUUCAGGAGGAAACCCAAUAAAUAUGGGAAAAACCCCCUUUGUGGGAAUCGAACCCAGGACCUUUUGGCCCUAAAGUUUUAUCCGACCCAAAGAUGCCACUAGGCUAUAAAGCCAUGGGCAAGUUCACAUCAAUAUAAUAAGUCAACUUGUUAGUUACUAUGUUCCAGUUUUAUUGGUAUCAUCCUCCACCAACUAUUAGUGAAUAUCUACUCACCAAUUUAUGCUCCCAUCAUGAACAAAACUACACUUUUUAGCCCAUUUAAAAUCAUGCCAAAAUUAACUAUUUACACCCAUAAACACAUAGUGCCAUUUAGCUACUAUUUCACUAUACCAAAUGCAGCUCAAAUCACUUUCAGAAAUGACCUUCCAUAAAAGAAUCUUCCUUGUGUUCUUCAUGUUCUUCGUUUUCGAAGAUUUAAGUUUAGUGUUGGGGGAAACGACUCGUCAACAUUCUCUUCAGACGGAUAAAGAUUCACUUCUAGAGUUCAAGAAAAGUAUAAAAAUAGACCCGGAAUUGGUGCUUUCAAACUGGAAUGAAACUACUGACGUUUGCAGUUUCAAAGGGAUACAUUGCGGGAAGGGAAACCGUGUGAGGAGAAUCAAGCUCGAUAAAGCCGCGCUCGUUGGCCCAUUUUCACCUGUAAUUUCAAAUCUUACCGCUCUUCGAACCAUUGUUCUUUCGAAUAACGGGUUGUAUGGAUAUAUCCCGUAUGAAAUCUCGUCUUUACGACAUCUUAGAAACCUUCUUCUUGAUGUUAAUCAACUCGAAGGUCCAAUUCCGGAAUCUUUAUCUUCUUUAUCGAAUCUUACUCUUCUUGAUCUCGGGAGCAAUAGAUUAAGCGGUGAUAUUCCACCUUCUUUAUUCUCGAACUGCACUUUAUUAUCGAAUUUGGAUCUCUCGUUCAAUUUUCUUGUCGGAAAAAUCCCAUCAGAAAUUGGGAACUGCCCGAAUCUCUGGAAUUUGAAUUUGUAUAACAAUCAAUUCAUCGGUGAAAUCCCGUUUUCUCUAUCAAAUGCUUCAAACAUGUACAACCUCGAUGUCGAGUUCAACAAUCUUUCCGGUGAAUUGCCAUCAAAGCUAGUUUCCAAGCUCACCAAGCUUCUAUUUCUUCAUUUAUCGUAUAACCAAAUGGUGAGCCAUGAUCAAAACACCAAUCUUGACAUCUUUUUUGAUGCAGCUUCAAAUUGUAGCAUGUUAAAGGAGCUUGAGUUAGCCGGUAUGGGAUUAGGUGGGACCCUCCCCGAUUCCAUUGGAAAAUUCGGUAUCAACUUUAGCUACCUGUUGCUACAAGAAAAUAACAUCUACGGUUCCAUCCCACCAGUCAUUGGUAACCUUUCAAGCCUGUUUUACCUCAACUUGUCGUCAAACAAUCUCAACGGAACAAUUUCACCAGAAAUUAGUCGAUUGUCGAGACUAGAUACGCUCUGGUUAUCCGACAAUCUAUUCAGCGGCGAAAUCCCAGAAGAAAUCGGAUAUUUUCCUCACCUGGGCGAACUUGAAUUGUCACACAACCGAUUUACAGGUAAAAUCCCGGAAAGCUUAGGGAAUUUGGUUGGUCUAAUUACACUUUCUGUUAACAACAACCAGCUUUCGGGAACCAUACCUUCAAGUUUAGGAAAAUGCACAGGUUUACAAAAUCUAGAUUUGUCUUACAACAGAUUAACCGGACACAUACCUCCCGAAUUACUAUCCGCCAUGAGCCAAAACGCAAUAUUCUUAAACCUUUCCCAUAAUCACCUUCAAGGACCAUUGCCCCCGGAGCUCAGCAACCUCAAAACCAUCAAAGAGAUAAACCUUUCACACAACAACCUCACCGGAACCAUCUUCCCCAAAAUCACAAGUUACAUGGACUUAGCGGUUCUGGAUUUAUCCAACAAUUCAUUUCAAGGCCAGCUUCCCGAGUACUUAACAACCAUGCUUACAAACCUCGUAACAUUCGACGUAUCCAACAACAGUCUGUCUGGAAACAUCCCAACCGGCUUAACCAAAAUCCAAACGCUAAAACACCUAAACUUAUCUUACAACAACUUCGCCGGCACAGUUCCAACCGGAGGCAUUUUCUAUCUCGCCACUAGCCUCUCCUUUCUAGGAAACCCUAACCUCUGCGGCAACAUCUCCGGCCUCAGAUCCUGCUCUCACAAGCCGAAAUUCUUCCACUCAACCGUUUACCUAGUAGUUUUCUCAAUCGGCAUGUCAAUAUCGCUCUUCUUAACAACAAUCUGUUGCGUCAUCCUAUGGCGAUACCUACGACGAAAAACAAACCCUAGCGCUCAACCUAGGGCCAAAUCACAACCGAAUUUAACCAACUUUCCGCGGAUAACCUACAAGGAGCUAUCCGACGCGACAAACGGAUUCGACGAUAACCGACUACUAGGUUCGGGAGGCUACGGGCGAGUAUACAAAGGAAUGCUAAAAACCGGAACCGAAAUCGCUGUAAAAGUGCUACAACUACAAACAGGAAACUCAACCAAGAGUUUCAACAGAGAAUGUCAAGUGUUGAAACGCAUACGUCACAGAAAUCUAAUACGAAUCAUAACAGCGUGUAGUUUACCUGAUUUUAAAGCGAUUGUGCUCCCGUUCAUGGCGAACGGGAGCUUAGAGAGCUGUUUGUAUCCGGAUUCACCGGAUGUGGUGUUGAAUUUGGUACAGAGAGUGAAUAUAUGUAGUGAUAUAGCGGAAGGAAUGGCGUACCUGCAUCAUCAUUCGCCGGUGAAGGUGAUACACUGUGAUUUGAAGCCGAGUAAUGUGUUGUUGAAUGAUGAGAUGACUGCUUUGGUGUCGGAUUUUGGGAUUGCGAAGCUGGUUGCGACGGUUGGCGGUGGUUCGUCGGAGAAUUUGGGGAAUUUUACUGCUGAUAUGCUUUGUGGAUCCAUUGGUUAUAUUGCUCCAGAAUAUGGGUAUGGAUCAAGCACGUCAACAAAAGGCGACGUUUAUAGUUUUGGUGUCCUCGUGCUCGAGAUGGUGACUCGAAAGAGACCAACGGAUGACAUGUUCACCCAAGGGCUUAACUUGCACAAAUGGGUUAAAAGCCACUACCAUCGACACAUGGAACAUGUUGUUGACUCGACUUUGGUUCGAACCACAAGAGACCAAUCACCCGAUGUGAAGAAAAUGUGGGAUGUCGCGAUAGGGGAGUUGUUAGAAAUGGGCAUCUUGUGCACACAAGAUUCACCAUCGAAUAGACCCACGAUGCUCGAUGCUGCGGACAAUUUGGAUCGGUUAAAACGUUACUUGAGUGGCGACACAACCGCAACAUUUGCAUCGUCUUUGGGGAUAUCAUCUUCGACCAUAAGUGAUGAUUAGCAAGACCAUAUUUAAUUUUAUAACUCGUAUAUCAGUGUAUUUGGUUUGUAUAUCAUGUUUUUAUUCACUUUUAUGUUGAUUCACAUAUGCACAGCUGGUAUUUUUUGAAUUGCUAACUUUGUAGUGUGAAAGAUUAUUUUUUAGUUGACAUA